AUGAGUCACUACAAUGGCACGAGUUCAACUCACACUCUUUAUUCUCCAGCCCUGUACCAUGUGGAUUCACUCACGUCAACCCCAGACUCCACCUUGCAGGGAGGAGCGCACGAGGAGGCGGGGGGAGGAGGCCGCGGAGGAGGAAGAGGCGCAGGAGGGGAGGAGGCGGGCGCAGCUCUUCCCUCCCAGCCCCGACUCCCGGCCGCGCUGACGCCAGCCGCGCACCCCGCGCGAGGAAGCCAGGCGGUAGCCCGGGCGGGAGCGGGCGGCCCGCACGGUUCGGGGGCGCCGAGGCAGCCCCGGCCCUCCCCCGCCCCCCGCUCACCCCCCGGGCCCAGCGCCCUUGGUCUGUUCCAUUGGCGCACGUUGCCAAAGAUGGUCAUUUGCGUUAGAGGACGUGUAGGGCAGAGAAAAGGCUUUACCUGCUGAUGAACAGGGAUCCACUCCUGGGGAAGAAGCAAGUAUGACUUUCUCUCCCGUGGCUUUAUGCGACCUCCUUGAAAUUCCACGAGCAACCCUCCCA